CAAUCCAACCCAACCCAACCCAACCUAACUCAUUAUUAACCCUAACCUUAUUACCUUAACAUCUCAUCAAUCAUCACUCACUUUAAUGCCCUUUUUUUUUUUCUUUUUUUUUUCUUUUUUGACAGUAGAAAAUUCUAAGUUAGGUUAGUUAGUAUCUGUUUCUUGAGAUAAUCAAACUCAUGAUCAGCGUACAUUCCACCUGUUGCCUAAUGGGCAGCAUGGCCACCACUGGGCCACAUGGGAAUUGCAUCACUCACUCUAACCUUCCCCAUGCUAUUGUUGGUACCAAACUGUAUCAAGUUGGUUCCCCUGUUGAAGCAGACCAUCUAUCUACUUAUUUUGCUUUUGUUGCUCCAAAAUCUUGAGCGUCAAGUUUGUUCCCCUACAGAAGCAGACCAUUUAUUUGCUUAUUUUGGUUUUGCUACUCCGAAAGCUUUAGCAUCAAGUUUGUUCCCUUGCACUGCAGAAGCAGACCAUCUAUCUGCUUAUUUUGCUUUUGUUGCUCCAAAAGCUCGAGCAUUCAGCUUUUCACUUU